GCCAAUAUGCAGCUUGGAGCUGGACGAUUUUCACCAUUUCCUGGUGACCCAGAAAAAACAUACGUUGAUUAUGUGGUGUGCAUUGAUCCGAAGAUCUAUUUUGUGCCGCAGCGGCUCGUCGACACCUGCAUUGCGUAUACAGUGCAUCGCGAUUCAGUGUUUGCGCGGAAGAAACUGAAAGAGCAAAAGCGCCAGCAAGAGUCAACGCAGAUUUCUGAAGCUACAAUAGAUUAA